GAUUUAUAUACCGACUGUAUUAUUUACUUUGGGAGGGGAGGUGGCAGUAUAAGGGAUGCCUUGAGACACACGCAGCAUCUGGUGGAGGAUUAACAUACAUACAUGUGUAUGUAUGCGUCACGUAUAUAUUUACUGCAAAUGGUGGGGAUCGUUUAGUGCCCGAGAUGGGAGACCUGAAGUCAGGUUUUGAAGAGGUGGAUGGCGUGAGGCUCGGCUACCUCAUCAUUAAAGGAAAGCAAAUGUUUGCCCUCUCCCAAGUCUUCACGGAUCUGCUGAAAAACAUCCCGAGGACGACCGUGCACAAGCGCAUGGAUCAUCUGAAAGUGAAAAAGCACCACUGCGAUCUGGAGGAGUUGCGGAAACUCAAGGCAAUCAACAGCAUCGCCUUCCACGCCGCCAAAUGCACUCUCAUCUCCCGGGAAGACGUGGAAGCGCUCUACACCUCCUGCAAAACCGAGCGCGUCCUCAAGACCAAGCGCAGGAGGGUCGGCCGGGCCCUGGCCACAAAGGCGCCGCCGCCAGAGCGCGCCGCCGCCGCCGCCGCCGCCGCCAGCCCCCGCCCGGGUUUUUGGAAGGACAAGCACCAACUUUGGCGGGGCCUGAGUGGAGCCGCGCGGCCCCUGCCAAUCAGCGCGCAGUCCCCGCGCCCGGGCGCCGCCGUCGUGCGCCCAGCCGCCCAUCUACCUCAGAUUUUUAGCAAAUAUCCGGGCUCGCACUACCCGGAAAUCGUGCGCUCGCCUUGCAAACCCCCUCUAAACUAUGAAACUGCCCCGCUCCAGGGAAACUACGUCGCUUUCCACUCGGACCCUACUUAUUUUCGGAGCCUGCUGUGCAGCAAGCACCCGGCUGCCGCCGCCGCCGCCGCCGCAGCCGCCGCGGCCGCGGCCGCCGCCGCCGCCGCCGCCGCCGCCGCCUACUACCAGGCGUCGGCGGCCGGGCCCCAACCCAAGGCGGCGGCGAGCGCCGGAGGCCCCGUGAGCCUGACCUACCGGUGCAAGCGCAAGCGCGGGGGCGCCAAAGACUGCCUGCUGGAGCCCCACGCCGGCGCCCGCCGCCUGCUUCUGCUGCCCAGGUCCUACAAAGCCAAGGCGGCGGCCGCGGCGGCGGCCGCGGCGGCGGCGGCGGCCGCCGGGGCCAGUUGCCUGGAGAGGUUUCAUCUGGUUAACAGCUUCUGCCCGCCUCCCCACCACCACCACCACCACCACCACCAUCACCACCACCACCAUCACCACCACCACCACAGGGCCCAGCAGCCGCAGCCGAAUCACCACCCCCCUCAUCACCACCGGCCGCAGCCCCAUCUGGGCAGCUUUCCCGAGAGUUGCAGCAGCGACUCCGAGUCCAGCUCCUACUCGGACCAUGCAGCCAACGACUCAGAUUUUGGCUCCAGUUUGUCUAGCUCCAGCAACUCUGUGUCCUCCGAGGAAGAGGAGGAGGAGGGAGAGGAGGAGGAGGAGGAAGAGGAGGAGGACGAGGAGGAGGGGGGCAGUGGGGCCUCGGAUUCCAGUGAAGUCAGCUCGGAGGAGGAGGACUCGUCCACGGAGUCGGACUCCAGCUCCGGCUCCAGCCAAGUGUCAGUGCAGAGCAUCCGUUUCAGGCGCACCAGCUUCUGCAAGCCUCCCAGCGUGCAGGCGCAGGCCAACUUCUUGUACCAUCUGGCCUCCGCCGCCGCUGCAACCAAACCCGCUGCUUUCGAGGAUGCCGGCAGACUUCCCGACCUCAAGAGUAGUGUCAAAGCGGAGUCGCCCGAGGAGUGGAAUCUGCAGAGCUGGGCCCCCAAAGCGUCUCCGGUGUACUGCCCGGCCAGCCUGGGGAGUUGUUUCACAGAGAUAAGGAACGAUAGGGUAUCUGAGAUUACAUUCCCACACUCUGAAAUUCCCAGUACUGUAAAGAGAACUGAGCUGACAAUUAACUGCCUGGCGGAGGGGGCCUCUUCACCUAGCCCAAAGACAAACAAUGCAUUUCCACAACAAAGAAUACUCCGAGAGGCUAGGAAAUGCCUACAAGCAACUCCUACUACAUACUGUGCAGAUAACAACACAAUAGCUGCUAGGUUCUUAAGUAAUGAUUCUUCGGGAGUGGCAGCAAAUUCAGAAAAAGAUUCCAAAAUCCCUCAUUGCACUGAAUUUGCUACGGAUUUGCCCUCUUCGCCAACUGAUCCCGAGGUGGAUGCAGCAGCAGCAGCAACUAAAGCCGAGAAUCCCUGCACUGACACAGGCGACAAGACAUUGCCAUUUCUGCACAAUAUUAAAAUCAAAGUAGAAGACAGUAGUGCUAAUGAAGAAUAUGAACCUGACCUUAUUACAAAUAAGCUAAAGUGCGAGUGCAAUGAUACAAAGGGUGAGUUUUACAGUGUGACUGAAAGUAAAGAGGAGGACGCCUUGUUAACCACAGCCAAGGAAGGUUUUGCCUGCCCUGAAAAAGAAGCUCCUUCCUUAAGUCCACUGGCUCAGAGUCAGGGCCUUUCAUGCACUUUAGGUUCUCCACAACCUGAGGAUGGGGAAUAUAAAUUUGGUGCCAGGGUGAGAAAAAAUUACCGGACACUAGUACUGGGAAAGCGACCUGUACUUCAGACACCUCCAGUCAAACCAAAUCUGAAAUCAGCUAGAAGUCCUCGUCCUACAGGUAAAACUGAGACACAUGAAGGAACACUGGAUGAUUUUACAGUUAUAAACAGACGCAAAAAGGUAGCCAGCAAUGUAGCAUCAGCAGUGAAAAGGCCAUUUAAUUUCAUGGCAAAUUUUCCUUGUCCACCAUCACUCAUUAUUGGGAAGGAUGGGGAUUUGUGGCCAGCGUAUUCCUUAAACACCACUAAGGAUUCCCAACCUCCUCACAAGGCCCAUCCUAUAUGGAAAUGGCAGCUGGGCGGUUCUGCAAUACCUCUUCCACCUAGUCACAAAUUCAGGAAAUUUAAUUCAUAAAAGUGUUUUGGAAGAUAUUUUCUUGAACCAUAUUCCCUUCCUUUUGUUGUAAACUGCACAGGAUGGUUUGUACAAGUCCAUUAAUGUGUUACACCCCUUUUGGAGUCCUGGUUUAUCGCAUUUUGAAGACAGAAAUCGGAUUACUUUUUUUUCCAU